GAAGGGGGGGGCGGGACCUGGGGCGGAGAGCGGUUCGCGCGCUUCGGGCCUAGUCCGGACUCGCCGCCGCCGCCGCCAUAUUCCCGUGGCAAAUUUCCUACUUUGUCCAUUCUCCCGGCCCGAGAUCUUCUCUGCGGAGCCAUGUCAGAAGGAGUGGACUUGAUUGAUAUAUACGCUGAUGAGGAGUUCAACCAGGACUCAGAGUUCAACAAUACAGAUCAGAUUGACCUAUAUGAUGAUGUGCUGACAGCCACCUCCCAGCCGUCAGAUGACAGAAGCAGCAGUGCUGAGCCACCACCUCCUGUUCGCCAGGAGCCGUCUCCCAAGCCCAACAACAAGGCGCCUGCAAUUCUGUAUACCUACAGUGGUCUGAGGAAUAGACGAGCAGCUGUCUAUGUAGGCAGCUUCUCUUGGUGGACCACAGACCAGCAGCUGAUCCAGGUUAUUCGCUCUAUAGGAGUCUAUGAUGUGGUGGAGUUGAAAUUUGCAGAGAAUCGAGCAAAUGGCCAAUCCAAAGGGUAUGCUGAGGUGGUGGUAGCCUCUGAAAACUCUGUCCACAAGUUAUUGGAACUUCUGCCAGGAAAAGUUCUUAAUGGAGAAAAAGUAGAUGUGAGGCCGGCCACCCGGCAGAACCUAUCACAGUUUGAGGCACAGGCCCGGAAACGUGAGUGCGUCCGAGUCCCAAGAGGGGGCAUACCUCCACGGGCCCACUCCCGAGAUUCUAGUGAUUCUGCUGAUGGACGAGCCACACCCUCUGAGAACCUCGUGCCCUCAUCCGCUCGUGUGGAUAAGCCCCCCAGCGUGCUUCCUUACUUCAAUCGCCCUCCUUCAGCCCUUCCCCUGAUGGGUCUGCCUCCACCCCCAAUUCCACCCCCACCACCUCUCUCCUCAAGUUUUGGGGUUCCUCCUCCUCCUCCUGGCAUCCACUACCAGCAUCUCAUGCCCCCUCCUCCUCGAUUACCUCCUCAUCUUGCCGUACCUCCCCCUGGGGCCGUCCCACCUGCCCUGCACCUCAAUCCAGCCUUCUUCCCCCCGCCAAAUGCUACAGUGGGGCCUCCACCAGAUACUUACAUGAAGGCCUCUACACCCUAUAACCACCAUGGCAGCCGAGAUUCGGGGCCCCCGCCCUCCACAGUGAGUGAAGCUGAAUUUGAAGAGAUCAUGAAACGAAACAGAGCAAUUUCUAGCAGUGCCAUUUCCAAAGCCGUAUCUGGAGCGAGUGCAGGGGAUUACAGUGACGCAAUCGAGACACUGCUCACAGCCAUUGCAGUUAUUAAACAGUCCCGGGUCUCCAAUGAUGAGCGUUGCCGAGUCCUCAUCUCCUCCUUAAAGGACUGUCUUCAUGGCAUCGAGGCCAAGUCCUACAGUGUGGGUGCCAGUGGGAGCUCUUCCAGGAAAAGACAUCGGUCCAGAGAGAGGUCACCCAGCCGGUCCCGGGAGAGCAGCAGAAGACACCGGGAUCUGCUUCAUAAUGAUGAUCGGCAUGAUGAUUAUUUCCAAGAAAGGAACCGGGAGCAUGAAAGACACCGGGAUAGAGAGCGGGACCGCCACCACUGAGAAAGGGCAUGUGUGUGUGCACCUUGGAGUUUGAAGAUGUUCUUAGGACACUGGUUGGAAGCAAAUGUUUUUUUAAUGGACUUGCAUCUCCUCACCUUGAUCAGGACUAAAGGACGGAGGCCGCUCCACCCCUUCCCCUCCUCCAAACCCCUAACUCCUCCCUCCAGGCACCCAGGCAAUACACUCUGCCCUACAGGAUUGAAGAUGGCUUGGCAGCCCUCCCAAUCCCACACUUCCUGUUUGCCAGGGGAAAGAACCUAAAGACUUCAUGUGGCGGGGGGUGGGGGUACAGACAGGAAAAAAGCAACAUGUCCACUCCCCUGGUCCCCAUAGAGAAUGGUGCUUUGUCCGAGGAAACGAGUUUCUUAAGUUUUCAGCAGUGCAGUGGUAAGGUUGAUGGAAGACUUAUUCCCAAAGGAAUUGGAUCUUCCGUGUAGGAUCCAGGAGAUUGACUGGGUGUGCCAAAAUAUGCCCAGGGUCCUGCCCUCAGCACUAGAUUUGAUGGGGCCAAGAGGGUCUGAACCUCUGCUAGUAUCCCAUUUCUUUAACUCCUUGAUCUUCCCAGCCCUUUGAGGAGGGACCAUGAGAACAGAAACUACCUUUUGAAAAGCUACUGUUCUUGGUUUUGCCCUCUCACAUGUUGACGGUUUAUUUUACUGCCCUCUCAGAUUGCUUAACCCUUUUGACUCCGUGCAGCCCAAGCUCCUCCAUGGACUUGCCCCUCUAAAAUAGAGCAACCCAGGAGGUUGCUUUCAGCUGGGCAAACUGGCAAGCCAGUUACCAUCCUCUGCGGUGGUUGCCUCUUGGAAUAACCAGCUCUUCAGUAUUCCUUUCCCUAGGGCUCUUCCAUGUAACAAGUAGGGCUCUUCCCCCAAGAAGGCUGCUUCCUUGUUUUAGAGGAAGGUACUGCCAUUGGGAGAUGGGGAUUCUGGGACCUCAGCAAUCAAGAGCCCUACUGAAGUACCAGGAGGACUGGGGAAGGAGGCAGCUUGGGUGGGAUGUGGCCUACUUCCAUAGGCUCUUCCGUCUUCAGGUUUGAUGUAAGCAUGGGCUUGCAUCUCCCAGGUACACACUUUUGCUUAUUACCAGAUAAUCUGGCACUAGUAUGCAGGUCAAGUCAAAUUUGUUUUCUUUCCACCUUUUGACUAUUGACUCAAUACCUUCCACAUUCUGCCUGGAGGUACUUCCUACCUCUAACAAGGAAAGAGCAAGGAAGAAAUAGAGCCUGACUUGAGUGAAUUCAUCUCAGAGCUCUAAGGACCAGCAAUCUGAGGGUCAUUUUCUACACAGGCAAAAGGAAUUGCUUGCCCCUAUAACAUCCAAUUUGUGAUGAUGCUGCUGGUGAAGGAGGUGGCAGUAGGGUCCUGCAGCGCCCACAUGGGGCAUGACUUUUACAUGUAUCCGUAGGGCAUAUGACAUCUAAGGUGAGGAGAUGGGAGUGUGAGGCAUAGGCUACUGGAGACCCUGCUGGCUCAGUGGGGAGAGACUGAAAUGGACCGAACAACCCUUCCUCUGUUUCCAGCACGUUUCUAAUACGCCCCUCAGUCACUGAGGGGGUACCCCAGGGUUGGAGAGUCACAUUCCCAUGGGACAGAGGCUACAGGAUUGUAGCUGUGUUUCCCCUGUCCCCCAGCCCCACCCCCACCUCCACCAGAACAUGGCACCCGCCCAACUGGCCAAGUGUUAAGUGAUGUGCUUAUCCUCAAGAGCAGCUCCGGUGUCUUUUUAAAAUGUAGAGAAAACCAAGUAAGGUGACAGUUUAAAGAAAACAAUAUAUAGAAUAUCAGAAAAACUGUUUACCCGGAGAAUUAUUUUCUCCCCAUUUUUGUUUUGUUUUUACUCAAUGACACAAUUUUUAGUUUUAUUUCCUGAUAGCAAAAGGAAAAAGAAAAAAAAAAAAAACCCUCAAAAGGCCAAGGCCCCGUCCCCCUGUUGUCGGUGAUUUGUUUGUCUUUCUGAUAGGUUGAAAAUUGUGUAAUAAACUUGAUGACGCUGUCAAUCUUUUAUACUGCAUUGUAUUUUUUUCCUUUUGUAACAAAAUAUUUUUAAAUAAUAAAUGGGGUGUGAGCUGUUUUCAUGGA